AUGGGAAACGAGGUGAGCUAUGCUCGUCCCUCAUCCGCCAAUUUCGAGUACCAAAGUUUGCAGCCCAUCAGCAUGCCCAGAACAGGAAAAGAAAAAGCGGCAAAUAAUGCAGAUUUUGCAAGAGAUAAUCAACCAUUUGGAAAUUGUAGUCUCCUCAAAACAGCAUUUACAUGUCUCUGGUCAAUAAAAACACCGCAUGGAAUGGCCCCCAUACCGCGCUACGGUCAUUUUUUUGCAUUCAACGAAAAUUCUAGAAACGCCUAUAUCGGAUUUGGUGUUUCAGCCGCUGGUACCUUGCUACAAGACGUAUGGUGCUUUAACAUUGAUUCUCAGACAUGGACGAGAAUUCAUUUAACUGGGGAAGUUCCAACUCCCAGAUCUGGAGCCUCAGCUUGCCUUUUAGAUGAUACAAUUAUAGUCUUUGGAGGUAUUCAGAAUAAUACUCUCUAUAAUGACUUGUAUACAAUAGAUAUUAACACAGGUCAAGUUAAAAUGGUGAGAACAAAUGGAUAUCCUCCUCCUGCGCGUUCCGAUUGUUACAUGGGCUUUCAUGAUGGCAAGCUUAUUGUUUUCGGUGGGUUUAAGAGCUCCAUUUACUCCGAUUUGUUUGUUUUAGAUACCCAAAACUAUGAAUGGCAUGAAGUCGAGAUUACGGUUACUUGGAGUUGUCAAGCACCCCACUGCCAGUACGGAAAUUAUAUUUAUUCUUACGGAGGCGACAAAGGUUCAAAUCUUCUCAUAAUCAACAUUGAUGAUGAAACUGCAACGAUUUCUCCAUGCAUUGGAGCAGCUCCGGUGCAAGAUCCAAUCAACGGAGCUUUAGUUUAUUGCAACGGAUACUUAGUUUGUUUUGGCGGAAAAACAAAGAACGAAUUAACACUUGUUUACGCUUUAGACUUAGAAACAAACUGGUGGUUUGUACUUUACGUGUCUCCUGAUCAGGAUACAACGACAUUCAGCGAUGGUCAAGUAAGCAACGGAAUAUUUUUGUUGCCAUCGUUCCAUUCGUUCAGCGCGUUCUACGAUCCGGUGAAUAGAUAUAUAAUAAGCUUUUUGGGAGUGCCUUUUAUGGAUCCUCCUUCGAUUUUUUAUAUUAAUGUUGGUCAGUCUUUUCCGAUAAUUAACCUAAGAAAGGACAUGAUCUGUAUGUAUCAUUGUAAAUAG